AUGUUAAAACGAUUUCUACCCCUCGCUAAGUAGAUUAUGUUUACUGUAAAAAAUUCUCCAAAAUUACUCUACAUUUACAAAAUGCAAAUACCAAAUCAAACUAAUUUAAAUAAAACAUAAUAUAAUUUUUCUUAGAAUCAUAAAAUGUAAUCCAAUUAAUUAUAUUAAGUUCAUUACAAGAUGGAGUUGAUCAUAUUAAAACUAUUUAAGAGUAAAUAGUGGCUUUGAAUGAUUUAGAAGAUGUCUGUAACAUCUAGUGUCAAGUUGUUGAAUAUUUGGAAGAUAAUCUUAAAAAUUUUGAUGACAAAUACUUUAAUGUUAUCUACAUAGAAGAAAUUUUGGUUUUACAUUAGUAUCAAGUUGCCAUUUAUGCUUAUACAUAGCAUCAAAAUCCUUUGGACAGUGAAUUUACUUAAAAACUAAUAAAUUGCGAUUUAUUAAAAUAUUUAGAUAUUAUUAAACAAUAUAAAUUGCUAGAUCAAAUUAAUGUGGAAAGAUUGAAGGUUAAAUUGAAUGCUGCAAGUAUAAUGUGCCAAAUGAUCAAUUAUGGUGUAGAAGUUGAUAUUAAUUAAUUACAUGAUUGGAUGAAGUAAUAAAAUAUAUAUAAUCAUUAGUGAUUAUUUAGACUAAAUUGAAAUACACAAUUAACUUGUUUUAGAAAUUUUAUAAAAAGAAAAAGUUUAAGCAUACUCUAAUGCUUUUAAGGAACUUUAUGAUUUUUCUAUUAACUUCUACUUUUUUAUUGCUUAAAUUCAUAGGAAAAGGAAUUUAGUUGAAGAAUUUGAAAGAUUUAUAGAUCAAGGAAUUGAAGAAGUUAAAUUUCAAGCCAAGAAACUUUUAUAGGAACCUAAAGGAUAAUUUGAGUUGGAUUUGAUUUUGGUGAAUUUAUUCUAGCUCUUCAUUAGCAUUAAAUAAGCUGAUGAUAUUAAAACAGAAUUUACUAUAGAUUAUGCUAAUAAAAUUGUUGAUUUAAUUUCAACCUACUGGGAAGAAUCAUUUGAAACAUAUGUUUUAGACAUAAAAGUUAACCUUGCACAAUUUUACUUAAGUUGCGAUCUUUUUGACAAUGCAACUAAAUUACUAGUUGAAGUUUAUUCAAUAAGGACUGCUAUUGUUGAUGAUAAAACAUUAUUUUUAUUAUACUCUAAUAUUUAUUAUUGCAAGAAAAGAGGGUUUUUGGAAGAAAUAAACAUGAAUGAGGUUAUAACAUUAGCUGAUAACUUAAAUCUAAUAGAUUUAGAUAUACCAAUAAUACUAAUAUUAGAUGUAUGGUUAAUUUAAUUAUUUAUAGUUUAAUAUGUGUGUUUUUGAUGAUGUUUUAGAAUCAUAGGAUCUUGCUCAAAUAUAAGUCAGAUUUGAUAAAGUUAUUACCAAUAUUAAUGAAUUAAGCAAAUUAAUUAAAGACAAUAAAUCGCCUGUAUUUUAUAUUUGCAAUACAAUUCAUAGGCUUCCAUACCAAUUUUUGAUUGGAUUGAUCAAGUGAUGUAAAAUAAUCUAUUAAAAAAUAAUGAAUAAUACAUUUUACCCAUUUAUAAUGCAUUGAAUAAAUUUAAGGAUAUUCAAUUAGACAUAGAUCGUUAGAAUUUGGAAAGAGACUUUUACUUAAUAGUUUUAUCGUUUAAAUUGAAAGAUUAAAUAAACUUAACUUCUUAAUAAAAAGUUAAAAAUGCAGAGGAAUUUGUAAUUAAAUAAUUUAUAAACAACACUAGGCAAUUUAAUACAUUCAAAAUUAAGAGUUGCAAAAUAUUGCACUUAAUAAAUUGCUACUUUUGAAUUUCUAAUUAAUUGACGAAGGAAAGUUAACAGAGUGCUAAGAAAUUAUAGAAUCAUUAAUAGCAAUGUUAUCAAAAGAAAACUAAAAUUUAAAUAAAUUCGUUAAGUAAUUCCAAAAUUAGAAAAAUUAGAUUCUACGAGUAAAGAAAAAUUGA